AUGGCUUUACAUCGUCAGAAUACCUUGAACACAGGCGCUAAAGUCGAUUUGAUAGGUUAUGGAACUUGGCAAUCUGCUCCAGGUGAAGUAGGACCAGCUGUCGCUGAAGCUAUCAAAAUCGGUUAUAGACAUAUUGAUUGUGCUUUGGUUUAUGAGAACCAACCUGAAGUUGCGGAAGGUAUCAAAGAAGGUUUGAAAGCUGUUGGUGAGAAUCGUGAAGAUUUGUUCAUCGUUUCUAAGCUAUGGUGCAACUCCGCUCGUCCCAGUGACGUAGAAGCAGACCUCGAUCUUACCUUAUCUCAACUAGACACACCUUAUCUAGAUUGUUACCUCAUUCACUGGCCAGUAACAUUCGCAGCUGGUAAAACCCUUCAACCCAUCGAACCAGGAUCAAACCCCACCGUUCGUCAUAUCGAUCAUGACGCUCCUGGUAUAGUUGCCACAUGGAAAGAAUUAGUUAGAAUCUUUCAAGAAACUAAAAAGGUUAGAGCUAUCGGUGUUAGCAAUUUCACAGUUGAACAAUUGGAAAAAAUCAUAGAUGCUACUGGUGUGAUUCCAGCUAUGAACCAAAUUGAAUGUCAUCCUGGUUUACCUCAACCUGAAUUAUUUGAAUAUUUUUGUAUCGCUUGGUGUGCUCAUCAAGGUUUCUGUGUUAUUCCUAAAUCUGUAACACCUAGUCGUAUCAAGGCAAACUUUGAAGAUUUCACUCUUUCCGACCAAGAAUUCGAAGAGAUAUCAGCAAUAGGUCAUUCCAAUUCCGUCAGAGGUAACAUUCCAGCUAAAUAUAACCCACCUUGGCCCGUUGAUAUUUUCGGGACUGAAGAGGAAAAAGGUUUGAAGAAAGUUUGGUGA